AUGUGUGCGCAGUGGCAGCCGCUGCUCCAGGCCUCGUCCUACAGAGUCUCCAUCAUCUCCACUCUCAACGGACAGCGGCAGGAGGAGACUCUGGGGGGCGGAGCUUCUCGACAGUGUUUCUAUGACCUCACUCCCAGCAGCCAAUACCAGAUCAGCGUCCUGACGUCCGUGCAGGAGCUGGAGGGGCCCGCGGUCUCCAUCACAGAUAUGACACUUCCUGCUCCGACUGAAGCUCCCACUGAUCCUCCUGUGACGGAGCCGCCGCCCACUCUGCCCCCGGCCAAAGAAGUGUGUAAGGAGGCGAAGGCUGACCUGGUCUUCCUGGUGGACGGGUCCUGGUCGAUCGGAGACGAUAACUUCCUGAAGAUCACACGGUUCCUCUACAGCACCAUGGGUUCCCUGGACCUGAUCGGACCUGAGGGCACCCAGGUGGCCAUCGCUCAGUUCAGCGACGACGCCCGGACAGAGUUCCAGCUCAGUUCCCAUAGCAACAAGGAAGCUCUGCUGGAGGCCAUUCAGAAGAUACGAUACAAGGGCGGGAACACCAAGACCGUUCUGCGGCAGGCGGAUCAUUGGGAGUGUCAGGCUUGGCUGGAGUUGUGUAAUUUAGUACAGCUUCUGGACAUCUCACUAGGGCGAGCCAUCAAACACGUGAAAGAGUCGGUGUUCGUGGCGGAGGCCGGUGCCCGGAGGGGAGUUCCAAAGGUCCUGGUGGUACUGACGGACGGGCGCUCCCAGGACGACGUCAACAAAGUCUCCAAAGAGAUGCAGCUGGAAGGAUACAUCAUCUUCGCCAUCGGCUUCGCGGACGCGGACUACGGCGAGUUGGUAAACAUCGCCAGCAAACCCAGCGACCGACACGUGUUCUUCGUGGACGACCUGGACGCUGUCAAGAAGAUCGAGGAGCAGCUCAUCACGUUUGUGUGUGAAGCUGCCACUGCCAAGCUGCCACUGAGUCAGAGUGAGAGAUCUGCCUCUGUCAGAGCUGCCACUGCCAAGCUGCCAGUGAGUCAGAGUGAGAGAUCUGCCUCUGUCAGAGCUGCCACUGCCAAGCUGCCACUGCCAGUGAGUCAGAGUGAGAGAUCUGCCUCUGUCAGAGCUGCCACUGCCACUUGUCCGUCUGUGUUGAUGAGCGGGAACACAUUGGCAGGCUUCCGCAUGAUGGACAAGUUCAGUUUGGUGGAGAAAGAGUACAGCACGAUCCCCGGAGUUUCUCUGGAGCCAGGAUCCUUCAACAGUUUCCCGUGUUACCACCUUCACCCAGACGCACUGGUGUCGCAGCCCACCAGGUUCCUCCAUCCUGAAGGUCUGCCCUCUGACUACACCAUCUCUGUGAUGCUGCGGCUGCUGCCUGAGACGCCACAUGAGCCCUUUGCAUUGUGGGAAAUCCUGGACAGAGACAACGAGCCGCUGGUCGGCGUCAUUCUGGACAACGACGGAAAAACUGUGACUUUCUUCAACCACGACUACAAAGGAGACUUCCAGACCGUCACGUUUCAAGGAGCAGGAGUGAAGACACUUUUCCACGGCAGUUUUCACAAGCUCCACGUGAUUGUGAGUAAGACCUCGGUGAAGCUGGUCCUGGACUGCUCUCUGGUCGGUGAGAAUGCAGUGGCCGCGGCCGGAAACAUCAGCAGCGACGGCGUGGAGGUCCUGGGGAGACUUAUGCGAUCCCGAAGGGGAGGAGACCGCUCUGCUCCGAUUUUGCUACUGAAACUUUAA